AAAGUUUGCAGCAGCACCUUUGUGACGUCAUUGUUCUCGCAGACGAUGACGCCGAGCUUCGCUUCACUUUGCAGGCGGACCCCGGCGGCUCGUCCAAGUUCUCUGCUCGCAGCCUACUUCGCACCUUUAAACUAGCACAAGGGAGGUCACGGACCACAGCAGGCGGGUGUACCGCCGCCAGAUUGAGCUCGUCUGGGACUCUGCCUUGUAUUCCAUCCUUUCUUUUUUUUUUGUUGGGCAAUGUAAGGAAGGGAGGACGCCCUUUCAGUUUCCAUUCCCUCAGCAGGUAACACGACAGGCAGCGGACGGAGAAACAAAGAAGCAGCACUGCGAGUCGGGAGGAAAAAGAGAGGCCGUGAGAGAAAGAAGAGCGAGGCGGCGCGGCUGAGAGCAAGGACAUGGGGAACUGCCUGUCGUCGCAGACCUCGGACGACAUCUCCCUGCUGCACGAGUCUCAGUCGGACAGGGCGAGCUAUGGAGACGGGACGGACCCGUACAACGAGCCACCGCCGCCAUAUCAGGAGCAAGGACAGGUUCCAGUCUACCAUCCGACACCCAGCCAGACCCGCCUUGCCACCCAGCUGACGGAAGAGGAGCAAGUAAGGAUCGCCCAGCGCAUCGGCCUCAUCCAGCACCUCCCCAAAGGCGUGUACGGCCCCGGCCGGGACGACUCGGAGAAGAAGAUACGAGAGUGUGUCAUCUGCAUGAUGGACUUUGUUUAUGGCGACCCCAUCCGGUUCCUGCCCUGCAUGCACACGUACCACCUGGACUGUAUAGACGACUGGCUCAUGCGCUCCUUCACCUGCCCUUCCUGCAUGGAGCCCGUCGAUGCCGCCUUGUUGUCAUCCUAUGAGACCAAUUGAUGUGCCCAGCGCAACACUAACUGACCCCCGUCAAACCCCACCACCUCCUCCUCCCCAACAUCCCCCCAACACUCCUCACCCUUUCUCUUCCCUGGUGGUUUUAAGAUUGGAGGGGGGACGGGGGCUGGCAUUUAGGUGGAUGCACAUCAGAUCCCUUCUUGGACUAUCGGUGGGCGUUUUCCAGAUUUAUGGUCCUGCUGGUUCAGACGACGGAAUCACCGGGCGGGGGUUGGGUUGGGGGGUUGUGUUGAGAGAGAACAAGAAAUGAAGACGGGACGAGGCUUGUGAACGGAGAAGGUGUGAGCUGUUUAACUGAAAUUUGAGCGGGUGACGCCUUGACCCUCUUUCUGCUUGGCACAGUCAGAUCUUCCCAGGAUGGUUUCUGCCCAAUUCCUUCAUUACGGUCAAGCCUGCCCGGUGCCAAAGCAAAUCCAAACACUUUAUUUAUUUAUUUAUUUACUGGACACUGAGACAGAAAGAGCCGUGGAAAUUCACGAGUGGAAGACGCGAUGCCAGUGCUGAGGGGUUUGUACUGCGAGGAAGCCCACUUUGUCAUAUUGGGGCUCCCACCAUGACAUGUAUCUUCAAGAUGCCCUCUCGUUUGUUUUCACCCCAAGUAAUGCCCACUUGGUGGUCUUGGACUUGGCUCUCGAAGAUUAGUAGUGGAAGGUGGCACGAGGCCCAUUGCACUUCUCUUCACAGGUCUUGACGAGAGCCGCCGCCACCUCACCUCGGACCGCUCCUCCAUGUUGUAAGGUAAAAUGGCUUCAAAAAUGAAGGGAACCCUUUUUACUUCUCAGUGUGGUGGCUUCUUUGUCUUUUAAUUGUUCAGUCGGCCGCACGGUCGUCUCGCGCAUUUUUCCCUUUAAAUCCUAAAUAUUUUCCAGUGGCAAGUUGUUUUUUUGGGGGUGGGGGGUUAGGGGGGUCAAAAACUGAGGUGGCACUGCUUACCAUGUGGGUGCCAUCUUUUGUUAACCUUGGGAGACUCCCACCCGGUUAUGUUGUUCUUGUGCCCCGCCCCUAAUCUUAUGACCUUGUGCUCUAGCUCCACCCAUCUGCACCGCGUGGGCUCUAGCCCCGCCCAUCUGUCCCGUUUGGGCUCUAGCCCCGCCCCUCUGUACUGUUGCUCCGCCCUCAGCCCAGCCUGGUGUGCCGUCUCCUGAUUUUCAGGUCCCUUGCUCAGUAGGUGGUCUCGUCUUCAUGUGACCCUCAUUGUCUUCUUUUCAAGUCCACUGUGGAUUUAUUUAUUUUUCUUUUCUCCGUCAACUCUGCCAUCGCCUGUCCAAGUUGUUCACCUCCUGUUAUCUAACAGUACUGCAGUGCAGAUGGGCUGCCUUUCCUGGCCUUCACAGACCCCCCUGUACCCCCACCCCAUGUUCCUGAUGCCCCCUUUUCUCUCUCCUGCUGCUUGCUGCCCACCUUUUCUUAGUAGAUUUGUCUCCAGGGUGCCCCCUUGCCCCUUUACAUUCUGGGCCUUCCUACUCCAGCUGAUUAGAUGCCAGCGCCGUUCCCAUGGAGAGCUCUGGCUGGCGUCGCCCGGAUGGAAUCUUUUGUUUUAUUCUGAAAGACUCUGAAGUGACUUUCUUCUCAAACAGGUCAAGGCGUUAUCUGGUGGACUUGGGAAGCUUCUGUUUUGCACAGCCCUUGAGUGGGAAUUUUUUUUUCCUCCCCCAUUCCAAAUGGAAUCCGUUGCCUUAGGUGUUUUUAAUAAAAAAAAAAAAAAAA